CAAGGACUUAAAAUCUGACAAAUCAUGGGGCUUUUGUACUUAGUAAAUUGCUGGCUUUUUCUGGCUUUAUUCAUGUCUUGAUUUGGCUUUUUUUGAUCGCUGGGGUCUGGCAACACUGAUCACCAGCCAGUCUACUGAUUAAUGAGUACUGGUCUAGCCUAUGCCUGUAUGAGCAAAUGAUAACUGGCAUGAUACACCAUAUGAUCAAGCCUUGUUUUCAGUUUUUCAUUUCUCCUUGGAUAAAACUGGAAUAUGAGAAUAGAUAGGUAGAUUUUAUUUCGAUUCAUUCGCAAAGAAUAAAACAAUACACAAAAAAGGGAAUGACGAGGAAUCUGGAAAGUGAACAAAACCUAAAAAUAAGUUUAUAACGUAUUAAACGUGUUCAGUCACCGAAGAAAGAAGAAAACAAAUCACAACAAAAAUAAACAUGAAUAUAAACGCUGUAUAGUGAAAUAUGACUGAUGCAGAAAAUCAAUCAUCUACUGAAAUAUCAUUUUCACCACCAGUAUUUCAGCAGAGAUACACAAAAGUGUUGAAUGUCAUUCGUAAAUAUAAACCCAAAAAGGUUGUUGAUUUUGGAUGUGCUGAGUGUCGAUUUAUUCGAUUGCUCAGAAACGAAGAUUUAGUGGAAUACAUAAUCGGUGUUGACAUAGACCGAGCACUACUUGAACGUCAUGUUGAGAGUAUAAGACCUCUGGCUACAGAAUAUUUGCAACCAAGGCUCACCCCGUCGACUAUGCAGCUAUUUCAGGGUUCUGUAUCCAAAUAUGAUGAACGUAUCAGUGGGGUUGAUGCUGUCAUAAUGAUUGAAGUAAUAGAGCACCUUGUUCCUGAUGUUCUUGCAGAGUUUCCGGACAACAUUUUCCGAAAUUUGAAUCCCAGGAUUAUUGUUAUUACUACACCAAAUGCGGAUUUCAAUGUCGUAUUUAAUACUUUACGUCAUGGUGAAUUCAGGCACUGGGACCAUAAAUUUGAAUGGACACGGAGCCAGUUUCAUGAUUGGUGCCAAAAUAUAUCUUCUAAAUACAAAUACUCAGUCUCUUACACUGGUAUUGGUCAAGGACCAGCAGGAACUGAAGUCUAUGGAUGUUGUUCGCAGAUGGCUGUUUUUGUGAAAAAUGAUAUCUGCAGUAACAGAAUUGAAAUAUCUGAAAUUGGAGAAAAACAUUCUUACUCCCUAAUAGAACAGUGGAAAUUUCCUCAUGUUAAUGAUAUUAAACAUCGAAAAUACAUAAUGAACUCAUUGCUGAAAGAGUUUUUCAAAGGUUGUGCUAAUGGAUAUUUAUGGAAAAAUGGUCACAGAAAUUUAAAUGCUGAUAUAGGGCAGCUGAAGUCCAAGUAUACAUUUAACAGUGUAUGGCAAAGCUCUAAAAAAAUUCCUACCGGAAGAAAAUUAGUUUUUGCAUCAGGACAAUUUGAUGAUGCUGUCUGUGAUAAUUCUUUUGGUUGUUCACCAAAUGGAAUUGCUGCUUUAAAUGGGCAGCACUCACUGUUCUAUCCCCAAGUUCCAUUUCAACGUGACAAGUUUGGCCAAACUGGUUUCAUCAAAUAUUUGCAGAAAAAAUAUUUUAUGGAAAGAGAGAAUGUUGUUUUAACAGGCCAAUUUGAAGAUGAUGUUCUACUUGCAUUCAAUGACUCGGAUGCCAAUAAUACUUGUAAAUCUUCAAAUUUUUCCUACGUUGUUGGUUUGAAUUUGUACCUUCCUCUCAUUGUUAUCACAAAUUUAAUGAAGGUUAAUCAUCUCGAUGUUACUUUGGAGGAAAUUACUAAUGCAAUAAGUGAAAAUCACGAAGAAAGCAUUGUAUCUGUAUCAAAAGAUGGAUUUGUUGUAAUAGAUAUGUUAGCUGUGACUUAUGGUCAACAAGGAAAAUUUAAUAGCCUAGCACUGGAGGAAUCAAGUGAAGAUGGUGAUCUUUGUGACAUUGAUUGGGGAAGAAAUGAUGAAAGUGAGCCCACUUGGUAUUCUAUAGAUGAAUUUGCACAGGAAAACUGGGAUUAGUAGAACAGAUAUCUGCAGAGUACAAUCAUCUAUGAAGGCAGAAACCCACAAUCAAUGGGUUUCAAGAAGGAUAACAUGGAGAGUCAAAACCAUGGUGGUCAUGAUGAAGUUGUCUGUGGAUUUACAGCACAUGCUGUAUGAAAGCGGUGGGACUUGGGACCAAAUGUUAAACUAUCACGUUCAAGUUUAGUUUUGUUGCAUAAAUAGCAAUCGACUUCCACCAAACUGGAAUAAUUUUUGUGUAAAGUUUGAUGCAAGUAUUGAUACUGAAGAGGAGUAGAGUCAUCUGCAACUUAGAAUUGAGGAAAAUACAAAUAGAAUCUAUUACAAGUCUGCAUGAAAGGCUUGGACUACAAAGUGAAUCACUCAAGUCAUUAAGGAGGCUGUGACUCUAAUCCGUUCAAUCUGGUAAGGAAUCUAGCGAUAGCUUGAGUUCAUGUUAAGUUUUUCGUUUUAUGUCUAAUGAACAUAGCUAUAUGCUGUUACAAAAUGGACAUCUGGUGAAAACCGUAAAUUUCAUGGAAGGAAUUAUAAUUCCGAGGAUAUUACUGACCACAUCGGUGACAAGUCAGAUAAAAAGAUACAUAUGACACAAGAAAAGAUGCUGUAAUAAACUGUAUUGCUUGUGGUGUCUCAUUUGAAACAUAGAGAAAUUUUUUACCUGACAUUUUUUGUAUUUUUACAAGAUUGCUCCCGAUCUACCAACUAAUUUAACCCUCACUUUCUCAGUUAUGAAAAGGUUGUCAUAUUUGCGAUUCUAGCUUGUUUCUUGAGGCCAUUUAUUGGAUCACCGCACUUAAAUCGCGUUCUCCAACACUUUGAUCUGAAAAAUGAGCGAGCGUCAAUAGAUUUCAACUCUAGUUUCAAAGGCAGUAUUUUCGGAAGUUAUCCAAACUCUAUAGAUAACGAUGUUGAUUGAAAACACUUUCGCAGUGAUAAAAAUUGUGGAGUAUGUGAUAUCCUAUAAAAGUUUAGCACGUAUCCAAGACUAGUCGGAAUCAUGUCUGAAAGUCUCCGUAAGAGAGAUUUCGUGGAAUGUACUCAUUAAUUUUGUUCGUGUGUGAGUUUUUUUGUGUGUUAAGCAAUUAAAAUCGGGGUAAAAUGUUCGAAUGAGCUUUGUUGUUCAUGCUACCAAUGACAUGAUGUCAUUGAUGCAGCUGAAAAGUGCAUAGUUCCAUUGUCUUAAUGGGAAUGUUAAUAUCGUUGUACGGUUUGUCUGAUCUACUGCGUACCAGAGUGAUGAUGGCUGCAUGCUUAACCAACACUGCUAUGCUACUUGCAUGGGUCACGCUAUUAAGUUGUACACUUCAAUUCGAAACUUGCAUUGGAAAGAGUUGGAAGCAACCGUUAACGGAACCACCCUGUGACAGCGAGGAGUCCAGCAAUCCUCUGCCACAUAAUUGCCCCACACGAGAUUCAAACCGGCGAGCCCGCUCACGAUAAUCAAAGGUGUGGUUACAAGCCUAUUCCUAAAGCUUAUCACGCCACAUGAUGCGCCACACCAGUGAGCUGGAGCCGGUAGUUAUUGGGAUGCGGUUUUCGUAUGUAUCCAGAGAGUUGAGGAAAGCCGAUGACACGGCUGAAAUAUAUUCGAGAACAUCGUUUUGUGAAGUGUCCGAAAUAGAAGCACAUAUAUAAGAGUUCUCAUGACCAGGGUCGAUAAUGUCAUUUUUAUGAUAUCUUUGCUCUAUUAUCACAGCCUUUGUAAGUGUGAAAAUUUUUGUUGUUUGCAAUAUGUAAAGAUUAAGGUCACCGUUUAGGACAAUUUGAUAAAACUGUGUGAAAAUUGUGCUGUCCGUCGAUGUCAUUAUUAUGGAAAACUACUUGUUUAAAUUACUUUAUAUGAAUGCAAUGAGACAAAUAAAAGAGAUGUAGACGAUGAGGAACUUGGACCCCAUUGUCGACUAUAUUGAAUGCU